CAAGGUGACAAGGCAGCUGCUUAUACCAAGUAAGUCCCUGACAUAAGUACAUGUAUUUAAUAAUUUAUUAUUAUUAUUUUGUUACAGUUACAGGUAUACUAUGCUGUAAGGGCUGUCACUAAGGUUUAAAAUCAAGGAUCAUUACACGUUUCUGGGAAACUGAGCACCUACCCCUCCCCUAAGCCAACAUUUUGCCCUAAGUGGGAAGUAAGUGUUAAUGUUGGCUUAGGGGAGGGGUAGGUGGGCAGUUUCCCAAAAACCUCUAAUGAUCUGAAAUCACCAGGUUAAUUUGCAAUUGGUAGGAGGAAAAUUCAACAGUUAGGAAGUUCUUUUGCUUGUAUUUUCAUGUUGUUUCUUCGUAUGAAAGUAGCCAAGGGAAAUCUCUGGCCCCCAGUUCAGUGCAUAUUUUUACGAUUUAACAAAAAUAAUUUCCAAGAGAAAAAGGGAAUAUAUAAUAUUUUUGCCAAUGACAGUUUAGUUUUGUGUAAACAAGUAAAAACUCCCAAAAUAACUUUCAACAUUUGGGUAGCAUCAUGGUGCUACUGUCAAGAAAACAAUAGAAGGUACAUUGUUCACUAAAUUAGCAAAACAUAGUGCUUGUAAUUAAAAAAUACAAAUUCAAUACUCAUAACUCAAUACUGCCCUUUUUGAGUCAAAUUAUUGCGAUUAUUAGUCCUUCAUAAGGCAUUUUUCUGGACAAGUGUAGUGAUACACUGCCUUUUUCUCACUUUCCUCUUUCAUGACAUGAUUGCUCUUUGUGUUGUUUAGCUUUAUCCCUAACAAAAUGGAGACAAAAGCCCAUUGUCGCGAGAAGUUAUUUUGUGGCAGAUAUUCAAGUGAUGGCACAGUGUUCCUUUCAGCAUGCCAAGGUUAGUUUGUUUGUAGAUUAAUGGUAUUCUUAAUGUAUGAAGAUACCUUAUUAAACAUUUACAAUGUACGUAGCUAAAGUUGUGGUAUACAUUUCCAUACAACUCAGCAACAAAGUUUUGAAUGCCUUUCAUUGAUUUAAUCUUUCCUCUUUUGUAGACCAGCAUAUUAGGUUGUAUGAUACAACAAAUGGACAGUUUAAAGAAUUUCGUAACAUAACAGCCAGAGAUGUUGGCUGGAGCAUUAUUGACACUGAUUACAGGUACUAAUUGGGAAGAGUAAAAGAAUUAUAACUAAAUUUACAUGGAAAAGAAGUUUAUCUUUUAAAUUUACUGUGUUGUUUAUCAAGUGUCAGAUUUAAAAAUAAUAGAGUUGGUUCACUGAUACAACUUUCAGCCAUAUAGUCUGUAAAAAUGGCACUUGUAUCUAAAUUAAUAGCAUGAGAAAGCAGCCAACACUUCCCAACAUCACCACUGGUUUCCUUGUGAAAUGACGUCUGAAGAACAAACACAGAAAUUCCACACUGGCGAAGUGUCACUCCCCAGAUCUGGUUAGUGGUUCUGAUUGGUUGUUAUAUUUGAAAUUUGCUUCGACCAAUCAGAAGCCCUAGCCAAAUCUGGGUAGUGACACUUAGUCAUUGUGGAAUUUCUGCCCUUGUUCCUCACACAUCAUUCUGUGAGGAAACCAUUGGCAUCCCAAAAUGUUGGCUACUUUCUUACAUUGCAAUGUAAUUAUUGAGGUAUGUGAGUUGUUAUGAAUUCAUAAAUAAUUCUGUGUUUCUUUUUUGGUAGCCCUGAUCAACAGUACCUUAUCUAUUCAAGUUGGUCUGACUAUAGUAAGUCAAUUAAAAUAAUUUCCAGUUUAUAUUUUAACACUUAAGAGCUGGAAGAGAUAACAGCCUUAUUUUUGUCAAAUAGCAUGCAGUUUUCAAUAGUUUUUUUAAGUUUUGAGGUCCCACACAUGGGCUCAGGCCAGAGCAGUCACCUUCCUAAUCCCCUUGUGGUUUACUCUGCUCUCUCACCCAAGAUCUCAAAUAGAGAGCUUACUGGUAGACUAUAUGCUGAAGGGUAUUUAGGAAUAUCAGGUCUGUCUCCCAUACCUUGUUGUUGUUGUUCAAAAGGGUUUCUGGCUUUUCAAAUUCAUAAGGAUUCUAAAAUGACCGGGGAGACUCCAAAUUUCAAGUGAUGGAGAUGAUUGAAUGGGGGCAAAAAUCAAAACCUUGAAAAAUCCCUGGAACAAAAAUUAGCCCCCAAAAAAUCUCAUGUUGAAUUUCCGAGCCUUAAAAAUUGCCAGAAAGCAUUAAGUGAUAUAACAUGAAUGAGAAAGAUAUUAGAAAUGGAAAGUUUGUGUUUGUUUAUGGAACAAAUUUCAUAGAUUUUGUGAAACGGGUGCAAUGUAAGUAUGCGUUAAAUAUUAAAACACUGCAAAACAAGUGUGGUUGUACUUUAUUCGCACUACUAGGCGGCCGAGACACAUGUGCAUUGCUACGAAUCUUCAGAUUGUUUUGAAUACCCAAAAAACUAAUCCAGCCAAAAAAAUGCUAGCCACAUUUUGCUUCCCCUAAAAAUCACGGAAACAAAAAUUUUAAACCCCAAAAAAUCCUUUGAUCAUCUCCGUCACUUGGAAUCCGCAGUAUCCCCCUCCCCCUCCCCCAGGAAAAUGUCAAAAAUAGUAACACAAAGUGUUUGAAUCAAAUGGACAGUUGCAAUAUGUAUACCUUAUAUCUUGUUUAAAAAAGUAAUCACACUAAAGAGUUGUUGCCUGCUGGUUUCAUUUCUUAAUUGCUGCUUAAUUUAUAUUUUACUUGUAGUUCAUCUUUGUAACAUCUAUGGGGAUCAUGAAACACACACUGCUUUAUGUUUAAAGUGAGUAAUGAUUUUUUUUCAUUUCACCUACUGUAGGUAGAUUUAGAGUUAGCCAAGUUUAAGUGACACUUUGUAGAAGGAAGGACUUGAUUACUGCCCUCUGAACCAAGCAACCUUGUUUGAACAAUAAAUUGCCCCCACUUUUGUGCCUGGGUGAUUAUUUAAGAAUGGGCAAUGCUCCUAAUGGGCCUGAUUUUGCUUUGUUCAGAUCUCUUGAUUUUAGAGCCCUUUGCCUUGAAAGAUUUUAAAUUGUUUUGGUUUUACUUGUCAUUUCUUUAGUCCAGAUGAUGCAAGAUUCUGUGCCUUUUCAAUAAAAUUUUCACAAGAUAAUAGAGAAAUCUUAGCAGGGUAAGUCAAUUGCUUAAUAUGUGUUUCAUUUCCAGAUUCAGAAUUAUUUUCUUGUUUAAUUUAAUAUUCAGCAAUAUCCGAGUUGGUUACCCAUUAAAAGUUGACAUUGGAGCCCCAAACUAUCCACCUCCUCAACCAUGACCUAUAUUGUAGAGUUAAAUGAAUGAACACAUGAAUAACCUUAUUUAAGCACAGUCAACUCAUCAGGACUUUAAAACACCGCAGUUGUAACAUUAUAAGUCAAAAAAUUAUCAGAAAUUGCAGAGAUGUCUGUUGCCCUUGAAGUAUCCUCUACUGUUGAUGUAAGGUGUCCAAAUUUUUCCAUGCAGCUUUGUUUUCGAACAUGAGGACUGUUGAUGUUAGGGGAUGUAAGUUUGAAAACAGGGCCAUUUUGAGACUUGAACACAGAAACUAAUGUUCUUACUUUUCUCAAAAAUAAAAAGCUUUUUGCAAGAACAAUUUACAUCAGAUUACUUAUAAAAAUCUACCAUAAAAGCUUUAUAUGGACAAAAAAAUGAAAGAAAUGGAUUUUUCAAUUCAUGCCUUUGAAUGCUCUCUAUAUUAGUGUUUCCUGGGUAUCAAUACUUAUAACUAUAAUAGCCAUGCAAUAAACAACCCCCUUAACUUGUUAUUUUGUUGUUAUAAAAAAUAUAUUGUGUAAUUCUAGUAUAAAUUAUCCCUAUCUAGAGCCAAUGAUUCAUGUAUAUAUGUUUAUGAUCGAGGAAGUAAUCAGCGGACAUUAAGGGUGAGUAAUGAAAAAAAAAGGUCAUGGGAUAAGGUCUGUUUCAGACACUGAACUUUUCAUGAGCCAAAUUAAACCUAGUACAGUGAAUUAAUUAUGUUUUAUGUUCUGCGUCUGAAUCAGUAAAUUAAGAGUGCCUGUUUCAAUUUGGGAUGGCUCAGCCAUUCUUUCUGCCUGGGUUGGCUGGGAAUUUGCACUUUUGAAUAACUUUGGAAAUGCUGAAUCUAAUGCAUAAAUUAACGCUUGGAGGGGUAAGGGAGGGAAAGGUUUAUUUUUCCUUUUUAAAGUCUGUAAAAAAAGUGUCUCAGUCAUUAAUUUUGUCACUAAUUGCCAAUUGUGGCCUCCUUGGCAGCUAUGCUCCCUUCCCUACAGUGUACAUUACCUUUUGGUGACUGGCAUGUGAAGCUGUAUUUAUACUCACAUACUCAAUCUAUUUAUUUAUUUAUUUUAUUUCGUAAGCUUUGCUUAUUACAGAAUUAAAAAAAGAAAAAGAAUGACAAAUACUGUAUAUACUGAAACAAAGAAUAAUAAAUACUUGAUUAGGCAGGGGUGCCACGACAGCAGAGCUCAAAGCUUGAAAAAAUAUGUAAAAAACAGUAAAGCUACAUAUGCCAAUCAAAACAACAACGAAGACGGACAGACGUGUCACGUGAAACGUUACAUUCCAUCAUGUUACUUUUAGGUUCAUGGCCAUGAAGAUGAUGUAGAUGCUGUGACAUUUGCAGAUUCCAGCUCUCAAAUCCUAAUUUCUGGUGCUGAUGAUGGUCUCUGUAAGGUAUGUUAUGUCCCAGAGAAAGAAGCCAAGCUGCUUCUCUAAUCUUUACCAGUUUAGAUACUGUAUUUGUUGUAAUUUAUCCUCUCAUUUUCGUUAGUACUAGAAGAUGCUAACAUUUUAGGACAACUAAUUGUGAAGGCUAGUAACAUAACUAUAUUAGUUAUAUGUCAUUGUUGUUGUUUUUGUUGAAGGUUUGGGAUCGCCGGCAGUUGAAUGAGAGCUGCCCUUAUCCAGUUGGAAUUUUAGCUGGACAUUCAGAUGGCAUCACCCAUAUUGAUCCAAGGGUAACUAAGAAACUUACACUCCUAGUAAUUGAUAAGAAGUAUAGUAAGAUGUAUUUAUCACAGAGGUAUCUAUGGUUUAAAGAAAGAGAUAAAAGAAAUUUUGGCAGCAUGUUUGGGACCAAUAGCAGCGUACAAAGAAAAUCAUGUCCAGUAGCCUGGGGCUAGUGGAUUUUGCUCUUGGGGUAGUAAAUUCUGUUCUUAACUUGCCCAAAGGGCAGGUGAAAAGUUUUUGGGGGAAAGGUGGUUGGGGGGGGGGGUGUCAAAUUGCUGAAGAAGUGUAAUCAAUGCUGCUUGUCAAAAAACUGUGGGGGGCUAGCAAAUGCUAACUACAGCUUGCCUGAAGGACAAGCUGUAAAACUGACUUUCUUAGCACCCUGAAUAGAAGUGACAGUUAAAGAGAGAGAUUUCCGUAUUAUGGAAUGGUCUUUAAGGAAAGGUGACAAUAAUAAAAAGGACAUCUUAGCCAAGUUCCACUGACACCUCUUGACAAAAAAUACUGUGACAAAGUGUCUGUUAGUUUUGUUUUCUGAUGGCUACAUUUUAUUAUUUUUUAUUGUUAUAUAUUUGGAAAUUUUUUUCCCAAAAGUGCAGUCUCUCAUUGGUUACUUCAAAGUCACAUGACAUCUCACAAUGAAACUGUUUCCUGCCCAGAUCUCUCAGCAGGUAACCUGUAAAAUCUAUGACGUCAGAGGGUAACAGUACACUGUUACCCAUGAAUGUUGACCGACGACCGCUGUUACAACGAGGUUUAAUGAAUUUCCAGCUUCAAGAACAAAUCACUUGAAGACUGGUCCCUUGGGAAACAGUCAAUUUUGUUUCCCUCAAAUCUCAAUGUUCGAUUCUCCGAAAACAAACUUAACUGUUUCCUUUGGGUCCAGUCAUUAAAGUGUUUAUUAUUAAAGUAUCUAUAAAUUUUGUUUUCUAAUGGCUACAUGUGCUUGAUAAUGAUUUCAGGGAGAUGGUCGUCAUCUUAUCACAAACUCUAAAGAUCAGACGAUCAAGUUAUGGGACAUGAGAAAGUUUUCUAAUGAAGAAGGGGUCGAGGUAACUUUUUAAUGGAGUGGAUGCUGUCUUAUGCUUCACUUAAGGAUCCUUCUGUUUGCAGAUUAAAAAAAAGAAAACAAGAAUAAAAUUAUGAUUGAAAUUAUGAUGCCCUGUAUGUAGGGAGAUUUGUUGUUUUGUUUUGUUUUGUUUCUCUUUUUUCCUUUGCUUCACAUUAUGUGUGUAGGUACAUAAACAUAAGGUCGAUUACAGUGUGAUCUACUUCCCUAGACAGCUUGUGUAUGCGUCAGCAGUUUUUAUAGACUUCAAGUAUGCAGAAACUAUUUUUCUAACAGAACAUGAACAACCAUAACUGUAUUUGGCAAAGUAAUAGUUUACAAAAGCAUUAUAUUACUAAUGGAGACUUUCUACAUUUUAUCAUAAUUAUUUUUGAACUUUGUACUUCAGGCUACAAAACGUGCUGUAGCAGGACAAAGGUGGGAUUACCGGUGGCAACCUGUCCCAAGAAAAUGUAAGUGUGUAGAAUUCGGUGGUGUGCUUAUGACAGAUUAAGGGUCCUUCAUUUGAGUUCAUUGUUUUUAUGGUUGAUAAUAACAGUAAAAUUAAUUGCUGAUAAUAGUAAUCAAGAUUUCAGUGGCAUGUGGUACUGUUUAAUAGAACCACACUGAAGUACUUCUUCUAAUAUUAUGACCACUAUCAUUGUAACACCCGAAUCUAUUACUAAUAGCACAGUCACUACAAUGAUAAGUCUUAUUGUAUUGAUUGUGGCAGUGGCAGUGGUAGUUAUUAGCAUACCACUGCUACUACAAAUACCAUCACUGUUACUGUCACCACUUCUGCUACAGCUACCACCACUUCUUCUCCUACCACUACCAAUACAACCACUACUACCUCUACUACUACAUGGCCGUAGCUAGCUGAGGGGCCAGGGGGGCAGUUGCCACUGCCACGACUGUUACCAUCACUACCGUUACAUCGUACUGUUAGUAGUGACUGUGUAUCAGUAACAAAACUUAUCAAAAUAUCAUGAUAAAAGUAUGCUAUAAUUUUAUUUCUUAACAACAUACAUAUAAAUGACUGACAUGUAAUGAAUUCAAGUAUUCUGUAUAUUAUUUCUGCUUUGUCAUUCUUUCCACUAGCAAUGAGACGAUCUAAACUAGCUGGUGACUCAUCUCUCAUGACUUACCGUGGCCAUAGCGUGUUGUAUACUCUUAUAAGAUGUUACUUCUCUCCUAUGCAUACCACAGGCCAGGUAGGAGAUUGCAGGUCUAUGAUAAAUUGCUGUCUCUUGCUCUCAGCAAUAAUUUUAAAGUAUUUUAGUUUUUCUUAUAGUUACUGAAUCAUACUGUCAGUGAUACAGUUCCAUGGGACCUUCACAAAAUUAUUGUGCAAUAAUUUCUAAUAACGCAUGUUAUUAUUAUAUUCAUCUUAAUGAUUAUAUUCACGUUCUUCACGAGUCAAUCUUUGCUAUAUUUUGAAGGUUGAGUGUACUUCUUAUUUUUUAGUAAUCAUUUUUAUUCAAUAAAUUAAAUAUUUUUUUAAUUUUUUCAGCGAUAUAUUUAUACUGGAUGUUCUACAGGUUCUGUUGUCAGUAAGUAUUGAGUUAGUUCAUUUUGUGUGAAUUUUAUUCAUUAUUUGAUUUUGUUUUACUACCAAAAAGUAUCUGUUCAGAAUUGACUUUAACAUAAUAUAAAUUAUUUUGUUUUUUUAUUAUAAUUAGAUAUGUUAUUGUUUUUGAAUGCUGAUGUUCUUGUCUCAUAGUUUAUGAUGCACUGACUGGACAAGUCACCUCCAGGCUAAGGGGGCAUGUAUCCUUGAUAUAGCAAUGUUGAUCAGAGAUUAUAAGGUUGUUCAUAGACAAGAGUUCUCUAAUUACCUGAUAAUGUGUAUUAGAUCACUAUUUAUCUGCUUUUCUAAUGAUGCUGAUCAAUAACUACAUGCAUGUACUUAUGAUUUCAUGACCAUACCAUGGUAACAGUACAACUGUCAGGGAAGAGGGCCUAAAAAUCAGUUUUCAACUUUAUAAAUAAGCUUUUUUUUCCCAUGGAAAUCAUAACCCAUCUUUCUGUUUUGGUGGCAUUACUUCCAGUGGUUGGCUGGGAAAAUUUUAGGUUAUUUUAAAAGAGGCUGUUUUAUUCACAAUUUUAAAAAAUAGUAAUCCUGCUACUGUCUUUAUUCAUUUAGUAGAUGUAAGGAAAUACUAAAAAAUUGUCUCAAGUUGUUAGCUUACAAGUUUUAUUGAGGAUUUACACAAUUUUUUUGUGUUACUAGGAAUACGUCCCUAGACGGUGAUUUCCAGUCAAAAAAAAGCCGGCUCUUAGCAAUUUGGUUAGGCAGAGUGCAAAAAUCAAAGUGAUUCUUGUAAAAUUCCAUUAUCCAGUGCUUAGAAGAGUGAAAAAUACAAAUUGCCCCAUGAUCUCUUCUGAGGCGUAGACAGGUUACAAGUAUGAAGUCUCCCUUUGGCACUUUAAAAUGACUCCUAUAAACUGCAACUAAAACUUGCCAGUACUGCAGCUACUGACAGGGAAUGAUCAGAACAGGCCCUUUUUUAUAUAUUUAAUGUAAAUUUUUUUAAAUGUUUGCUUUAACUUCUAAUCAGAGAUUGACUGUUCGUGAUGUUGCAUGGCAUCCAUAUCACCCUGAGAUUGUCAGCACCUCAGUGAGUGUUAUAUGGAUAAUUAUUAAUAAGUUCCAGUAUACUUGUGUGAUAGGGUGAGGAGUGGGUAAAAUAGAGUGGAUUUAUUUGAGAUACUAGGAGAAAAGCUUGACAAAUUCAAACAAGAGGAAAUUACAUUAAGCACUUUUAUUAACCCAUUUGCUACAGGAAAUUUAGCUGUAAGACUCCUUUUGAAGCUAGCUGAGCCAUUUUCUGAUCAUUGUUGGGCCAAAAAGAACCAAGGCUGCUCAAAAUGCUGUUUUUAAGUUGAGCAUCAAGCUGCCUUCUAUUUUUGGCACUGAAUUAAUGGGGCCUCUUAUAUGUUGGGGCAUGUCCAGAAGGUGAAAUUUUCACCUUCUCUACUCCCCUCUUCUCUCAUUUAUGGCCCAAAAGAUCUUUUUCCCCACGCAAGUUACAUCAUUGUACAUGUCAAAGUUAUACAUGACCAUUAAAACUGAUGAUGUAACAUGUGUUACAAUGGAAUGUGGAUCCAUAUGGGCAGUUAUGGGCAGUUCACUGGUGAAUAGGUUAAUAAAGCCUUAGAAAAAUAAUAUCAUCAUUUUAAUCUUCUUCUGCUUCAACUUCAUUCAGUGAUGUAAAUUUACUCUGUCAGUACUUAAGAUGCGACUACUGCUAAUAAUGAUUUAUUGUUUUUCUUAUUACCAGUGGGACAAAACGCUAGGUUUAUGGAGUUACAGACGAAAGGUAGAAGAUGGCGAUGUCACAGAGAAUGAGGCGUCACCUAAGGAUACCAAGUCGACAUUGCAUAGGAAUCUUUUAAGCUUUAUCUAACACAGUUCAGUUUCAGGUGUAUCAAUCGUUAAACAAGUUCUAAAAUAGUUAUUAAUUUUUUGUAAAGAUUUAAUUAAUGCACAAGCGAACUUGCACCACAUGAAAUACUGCUUAGGAGUUCAUUCAUUUGUGCUGGUCAAACCAAGAGGUUUUGUUUUUGGGUGGAAAAAAUACAUUCUUUGUACUCGCAUCAUAACAUUAAGCAAAGAGGAUGUAGGAUUUUUAUAGGGGAGUGAGUAAAACGUCAGAAUUAACUGGUCCAUCUCUUAGUAUUAUCACGAUCAGAUGAUAUUACAUAGCUGUGGAACCUGAAUAUAACAAACCUCUGUGUAAUGAAAUCCUCAGAAUAACAAAGAUAUACUUACCCCAGCAAUAACAGUAAAAUGUAACAUGUCCCUUAAUGGCACUUCGUCAUACUGAGGUUUCACUGUAUCAGAGACUACUUAGAUCAUGGUACUUAAAAGGUAUUAAUGAAUCCUUGUGCAGAUGAGAUUUAGUGUUCCUUUGAUGCACAAUGAUCCAAUUAAAGUGACCUUAGAUCAUAAAUCCUGAUCCGAAUCACUGCACCCUAUAUCUGAGGUAAAUAAGGGUUAUCUGGGUCAAGAAGGGUGAGGGGGGUUGCGGUUAAAGGAAACCCCCUCUCCCCAUAGAUCUGUGUUUGAAUAAUAACAUAGUUCACACACAUUGGAGAGUUUUCAUUCUCAGUCUUAAAAAUUUGAACCAACAAGUCGUUUUGGGAAAAUUUGCACUCAGAUAUUGAAACCUCUUUGAAUGGUCACAAGGAUUUGUUUAUGUUCUGGUUAACUGUGUAUAUCUUCUACAAGUAUCCUGCAGCCAAAAAAAUUCGUUGAACGUUUAAAAGUAAAAUACUUAAUAGAUAGUAGAUAAAUUUUGUAAAGGGAUGGCAAAUAAAAACCAAUACUUUUAUGCUUUUCUUAAGACACAUUAGAAGCUGCAACUUACUGUUUUUCUGGCCUACAUCCACAGCCAAAGGAAUUUUCUUUUAUUUGUUAUGAUUAUCAUAAUAUUUUAGGAAUUUUCAGUGAAUCUUGAAAUUUGCAAAUAGGCCUUUUUAGAAGCUUGUAUGACAGUGAAUCACUACCAGCCCUGUAAAUUUCCUUUUUAGAGAGUUAUCUAUAUUUUCUCUUAUUUAUUUUAAGAUGACCUGAGAAGCCUCAUGCCAAUGCCAUUGAUAGUAAUAUUAUUAUCCUCUCGUCAAUUCCCUUUUUUACUGCAGAGGUUAAAGGUUUAUCGUGGAGUUUAUUUGUAAGCGGUGUAUUUAAAAGCAAACAAACUGUUUUUGUUCCGUUCAGCAUGUAUGCCUCCUGGACAAAACUUAUGUCGUCAUGAAUAUUGUAUAUAAAUAUUACAAUUUGUGAGGUUUGCUGAAUCAAACAGAACCUGGUUGGAGUUACUGUUAAUUUGUGGUCAGGUCUUCUGAAAAGUGUUUGUUGUCAGUUAUAGUUUGGUGUGACAAGGUGAAUGUUGAAAAUAGUCUUAAAAGUACAAAAUUAUAGCAGAGUUGUGGAAACGUUUGAGGUAACUCGCCACUCCUUAAACUAUGGGAGGUGGGUACAAGUAUUACUGUAACAACAAAUUUUAGGAUGGUAGGGUGGACAAACCUUACUAGGUCUUACCCUCCCACACGAUCCCAGAAAUCUUUUCACGGAAAGUUUGUUCCCAUACUUCAGUCUAAUAAACAAACUGUGUAAAUAAAAUAGUUACUAGAAAUUUCAGUGUCACAGUGAGUGCUCGUGAGGGGAAAUU